GCCAGGAAGUCGCGCUGUAGCGGUUACACACACAUGCUAUACGUAAUAAUGUGAUACUUACAGGCGUACGAGGUUGCCACCACGACGAGCGCGUACACGAAGCACCUGAGAGCGGUCAUCGUACCAUCGCCUUGCACUGGGAAACGUCUCUAGUCUCGAAAAAAUCCUUCGGAUUGAUGCGUCACCUCGGUGACUCGAUCGCCCAAGUGGAUUCGGCGAAAAGUGACGAGAUGCCAGAGUCGUCCACCCAAGACUUCGACUUCGUUCGAGAUUCCUUAUUCACUCGUCGAUUCACCGUAUGCGUUGAGCGAAAAAAUAGAAAACUCGUAUUUUAUUUGAUUCCGAUGCAAUUCGGCAAACAACCACAACAGUCCGCCGAUGACGCGAAUCAACUCAUCGAGUGACGUGAUCGAGUGAAUGCCGCCGCGCCUCGAACCUUUCCGAUGUAUCGAAUUACUCAUUCGACGCCGAGUUCGGACUGUUUAGUGAUCGCCGCGAAUACCAGAUGUCACCUGCGUCCAGUUUGCUUUGCGCUCUCUUCGCUCUCGGAGCUUCGAAUCUUGACGGUUCACGCCGAGGCAAAUAGAUUGCCUCAUAUCGGGAAAUAUAUACGAUCCAAUACGUAUAAUAUCUCAUCUUUCAUGUGAACACGUGAUGGAUGUGGAAGCGGAAGUGACGACAGCAGCAUCAGCAGCGGAUUUGGGAGACGAUACGUUCGAUUCGCUUGCAAUUCCUGCGUUAUUUCGAUCUUGAGUAUUGUCUAAGGAAGCGAUUACGAUCGAAUACGAUGGAGGAUCUUCGUACUUGUCUUCGCUGGAUGACGCUCGAGGAGAUGUUUGUGUAGUUAUUACAGACGCAUAGGACGGUGGUAAAUCUGCAGGCAGAUAGAGGAGAGACAAAAGACGAGAGACAAGAGACGGUGAAUCGACCUUUUUUCCGCCAGUCAGUACAUCAUCGGCUUUUUGAGGUUCUUGUCUAUCCACCGCGACGUGAUCCGCGCCACCUGCAGCGAUGAGACCUUGAAUUUCCUGAGCGGUCAUCUGCCGCGUAAUCAUAUCACCCUUGUCGUUAUACGAGAUAUAUCAGAUACGAUGAAGAAAAAUGAUAACAAAGAGGAAGAUGAGAUUGAAAUGUUACGAGAGACUCGAUUCAUCAGUGGAAGCACUUAUGAAGGGUCGUGGAAUGCGAUUGACAAGAGCGGCAUCGGCAGAUAUGUCACACCUUACAAAGUUGUAUUAGAGGGAGAAUAUCGGAAUGGCAUGCUUCAUGGUUGCGGAAGUAUGUAUUGGCCACGUGGACAAGUGAUGGAUGGUAUCUGGAAUCGUGGAAAAAUAGACCGACAAAAGCGUUAUACGUUCGCGGAUGGUUUAUCAUAUCGAGAAGCUGAAUGGGAUUAUUGUACAUUUCCGGACAGGCGAUUUUAUAAUUGUAUAGUAAACGGACUGAGACCAGCCGGGAAAGUAUUGAAAACUAAUGACCAACCGACUCAGAUUAUUCCUCCGUUCUGCUACGACACCGGUGCCGGAAUAUUCGAUCCAGACAAGAACUGUGUAAUAUCAUAUCAUAAUUGUAAAAAAGUACUCAAGAUUCCGACAACUGCAGAGAUUAAGUGGAUAAAGAAAAAUUGCCGAAGAAGCUGGUCGGAACCGACCGGUCAUCAAGAAUGGUUACGUGAAUAUUGGCAAUCGGGAGCGGCGGAUUUUGCAACGUUACCGCACAUCUCGUCGGAGGAUGAAACGGAAAAUUGGUGGCAAAGACUGACGAAAUUUGCCAGACAUGCGACCACAGACGUGAAGUGGAUAAAACACAAUUGCGUGAGAGAAAGUCAAUUAUUAAAACGUUAAAUAAUACGGAGGAGAAAUGUAUAGAUAUAUUAAAACUUAAAGUAAUUAAAAAUUAA